AUGGGGGGCAAAGGUGGAGGCUUCUCAGGCGGUGGCAUUGGCGGCAAGGGGGGCAAGGGCGGCGGCGGCAAGGGCUGGGGGCUUGGCGGUUGGGCUGGUUCGUGGGCAGGCGGUGCACCUCAACGUGGUCCUGUCGAGGCAGGCCAGCCGUCGCCCUUGCCUGUGCCCAACCUGUCCAAGGAGGAGGCGUCGGAGUUGGCUCGUCUUUGUGGGAGGGCUGGUGACAAGGUCGGCGCCACCAAGUAUUCUUCCUUCGCGAAGUCGCUCGCGGCGACUGAGGAGCGUGCUAAGCAGCCAGUCUCGGCGCAUCAGGCUGCCCAGCAGCAUCGCGCGCUCGUUCGACGUCUCGAGAAGCAGCUGGAGGGCGACCUGGCGAGGCUCCUCCGCCUGCAGUCCGAGGUUCAAGAGCAGAACGAGAAGGUCAAGCGUGUGCGUUGCGAGUUGCAGGAAGCCGACAGGGUGUACAAUGAAGCUGUCCAGAAGCUGGCGGCUGAUUCGAAGGUCGUGCCCAACGUUGAGAAGGCCAAGCUCAGGUUCGAGGAUUUGCUGUCUGGCUCUGUGGACAUCGGCUCCAUCAUCAGCUGUGACAUUCUCGAAGACUUCGGUCAUGAUGACGAGCUCGAGUUGUCGACCGAGGAUCGUGAGGAGAUGCAGAAGCGCACAGCGCUCCUGUCCCAGGGCAUUGCGGACAUGGCCAAGUCGGUGUUCCAGCAGGCAGUGGACCAGGCCAAGCGCAUAAGGCUCGUGUUGCUGGCAAGCGUCGCUGGCGUGAAGAAGGACUUCAUGAAGCUGGUGGGGGUGUCGGCGGUGCUGAGGCCACUGCAGCAGCUGCUCCGGGUGGAGAAGUUGAUCCCCCCACGACGGCUGGGUGCAGCCAGCAGGUGCCAGUCGAGGCGCCGCCAGCAGACGUUCGUGCGCGUGCAGAUGCUGCUCUUCAUGCCAGUGAGUCAGCUGGAGAUUGCCACUGUCAACGGGAACUCUUGGGGCACGUUCUACAAGUUUCUGGAGUCUACCUCGGCCCGCGUUGUCAUUGGCCAAGAGCACCGCCUCAGAGCCUCAGACAUCGACCAGAAGUCGGAAAUUUGCAAGAAUGCUGGUUUCAAGACUGUUUGGGCGCCUGGUGUGCUCGGCGAAG